AUGAGCAAGCAGAAGAAAUCGUUUUCGUGGAACACAGGAGGUGGUGGAAAUGGUGCAGGUGGCGGUGGGGGGAGUAGUUGGCAGAGUCAAUGGGGUGGUGGUGGAGGAGGACAGGGAGGUGGAGGUGGACAUGGAGGUGGUGGUGAAGGAGGGAUGAUGGGUGGCGGCGGAGGUAAUAGCUGGCAGAGCCAAUGGAGUGGUGGCGGAGGAAGAAAGGGUGGUGGACAUGGAGGUGGUGGUGAAGGAGGGAUGAUGGGUGGUGGCGGAGGUAAUAGCUGGCAGAGCCAAUGGGGUGGUGGCGGAGGAGGAAAGGGAGGUGGAGGUGGACAUGGAGGUGGUGGUGAAGGAGGGAUGAUGGGUGGCGGCGGAGGUAAUAGCUGGCAGAGCCAAUGGGGUGGUGGCGGAGGAAGACAAGGAGAGGGAGGAGGCGGUCGAGGAAAGGGGGGUGGUGGCGGAGGAGGGAUGAUGGGUGGUGGUGGAGGAAUGUUGGGAGGUGGCAAAGGAAUGAUGGGUCGUGGCGGAGGAGGACAAGGAGGUGGAGGAGGAGGUGGAGGACAUGGCAGGGGAGGAGGGAUGAUGGGAGGUGGCGGAGGGGGGAGGGGUGGUGGAGGAGGGAUGAUGGGUGGAGGGGGAGGAGGAAGAUGGGUGGUGGAGGAGGAGGGAUGA